AAUUAUUUACCAAGCUAUUCUUUCUUAUAGGUUUUAAAAAUGAAAUAGAGAGUGCUCUAUGUAAUGGAAAAUGAACUGACUGAUAUCAUUCAUCCAAUAUGUUGCACGCAAAAGAUAGCAGUUUACGAAACCAAAUCUCGUUUUUACUUGGUUGGUUCAAAUAACUCACAAACAAGAUUUAGAAUUUUAAAGAUUGACCGAACUGAGCCAACUGAAAUAAACAUCAUUGAUGACAAGGUUGAGUACAAUAAUUGGGAAAUUCGAGAUGUCCUUCAUAGAAUUGAUGUUGGUAAUCGACCAAAAUCUGCUAAAUAUGAUAAAGGAUCUGUCGGUUUAGUUCACAGAGGUUCUGCCUUUGGCAUACUAGGAUUCGUUCGAUUUUUGGAAGGGUAUUAUGUUGUUCUAAUCAGCAAAAGAAGAAGAGUUGCAUUAAUUGGUGGACAUACUAUUUACAAAGUGGAUGAUGUUGAUGUCAUUCCAAUUGCCAAUGAACAAGCCAAAGCAAAGAUGGGUAAUCCAGACGAGACAAGAUACCUUAGAAUAUUUAUGAAUGUGGAUUUAUCAAGUAAUUUUUACUUUAGCUACAGCUAUGACCUUACGAGAACUCUUCAAUACAAUAUGGCGCCCUAUUAUGGUUUACCACUAAAAUCUAGCAGUGUUGAAAUGAAAGAUAAUUUGUCUGGUGAAGCUGGUACAGAGAUUGAGGAUGGUGCAUCUUCAGAUGAGAUUUCUGAUAAAAUUGAAGAAAAUGUUGAAGAUUCCAAGGACAUUGACAUGGAAGCGAUAUUUAGUUCAAGGUCAUCCAGUUCUAUGGAGCUCUCAUCGUUAUCUGCAAAUGUAUUUCCAAACAUCGGUUCUCCACCCCCAGAAUGCUCUCCUCGCAGCAAAAUCAAAACAAAAGUAUUCAGGGGUACACCAACUGACAAAUAUGUUUGGAAUUCACAUAUUUUAGAAGGAUUGAAAGAUGAAGUACAUCCUGAUUGGCUUUUAAAUAUUAUCCAUGGUUUUGUGGGCCAGUCCAAUAUUUGUGUUUAUGUUAAGCCGUUAUAUGUGACCUUAAUUGCCAGAAGAUCAAAAAAGUUUGCUGGUACAAGAUUCCUGAAAAGAGGAACUAAUGAUGAAGGAUUUGUUGCAAAUGAUGUUGAAACUGAACAGAUUUGCCACGAUGCUUCUGUUAUUUCUCUUCGCAGUGGAAGAUAUACUUCUUAUGUUCAAAUCCGAGGAUCUGCACCCUUCUUUUGGUCACAGGACACCAUACAAGGCAGAAUAACUCCCAAACCUCAAAUUUUAGUUGAUCGGGCAGAUCCCUACUUCACAAGCACUGGAAGUCAUUUCAAUGCUCUUAUGUCAAGAUAUGGUGCACCAUUAAUCAUAUUAAAUCUUGUAAAGAUUAAAGAGAAGAAACCUCAUGAACAAAUUCUCAGUGGUCUCCUGAAAGAAAGUAUAGACUACUUGAAUCAAUUCCUUCCUUUUCCUCACAAGAUGCAGUAUACAGCCUGGGACAUGGCUCGUGUAACCAAAAGUAAGGAGGACAAAGUUAUUGAAAUUUUAGCAGAGAUAGCUGAAUCAAAAGUAAAAGAAACUGGCUUCUUUCACAGUGGACCACAGUUAUUCUGUAAUAAACUGCGAAAUAAUCCGAGUUUUGCAGAUAUGAAAGGGUUUGGGUACAACUCUGAGCAUCCAGGCCUAAAACAGACUGGAAUUUUAAGAGUCAAUUGCGUCGAUUGUCUUGAUCGAACAAAUACAGCACAAUUUAUGGUCGGAAAAUGUGCACUCGGGUUUCAGCUGUAUGCACUUGGCGUAACAGAAAGUCCCGUUCUUCAAUUUGAUUCUGAUGCAGUCAGAAUGUUAGAAGAGCUGUUCGAAGCACACGGUGAUACCCUUGCAUUGCAAUAUGGUGGUUCACAGAUGGUUCAUAGGAUUCGAACAUAUCGCAAAAUUGCACCUUGGACAUCUUAUUCAAGAGAUAUUAUGCAAACUGUGUCGAGGUAUUACAGCAAUGCGUUUACAGACACUGACAAACAGCAAGCUAUCAAUCUGUUUCUUGGAACUUUUCAACCACAUGAGAAGUUACCAAACAUAUGGGAUAUUCCAACUGAUUAUUAUCUUCAUCAUAGUAGCACAACCAACCUUGAACAGCACUCUGUCCGGCAAAGCUAUACGAAGUGGUGGCAUGAUGAAGUGAUUUCAGCGUUGCCAUUUGCUUGGGAAGAAAUUGCAAAAAAGAAAAUGAUUGAAGAGGAACAACAUUCCGUACACGAUGAUGAGGAAACGAUGGAUUUAUUUGCAGAAUAUUACAGACCGGCUGAGAUGACUGAAAUCGAUGGUUUGUAUCAGAAGACCAUGCCAACCUCAACCAAAGACUUUAUGCCGUCAUCCUCAGCUGAUCCCAGUCCAUUUGUUGUUCGAGCGAGGGGACGGACUCAAGAUGACUCACCGCAAGUUAGUCAUCGUCACGCCAUCGGUGGACAGCCAGUGACACUUGAAGACUCAAGUGAUGAGGAAUCAUUGUCGGAUGAUGAUCGAAGUGGAAUGCAAUCGCCAUUAAAAAUCAAUCCCAGAGAUACUUUAACGCCUACAGAUCUGUUGGGAGAAAGAUGGCCCACUCCAAGAUUAUUUCGAGACCAGAUAAAAGAGCCAACGCCGGAUGAUAUCGAACUAUACAGAAGAUAUUCUGAAAUUAGCCAAUCGUCUUCACCCGUCAAGCCACGUGUUAAUCUCAACUUAGCAAUCAAUUGGCCACCUUCCAACAAAUACCCACCGAAUAGCACAUUGCAAGUGGAAGUACCCGUGGUCGACAAAGCAUCUCUCUCAACGUACGAAGAAUAUUGCAAGGUUGGAAAAUACGGACCAACUUACCCUUGUAACAUGAACAUGAAUAUUUAUCAUAAUUACGUAGGACAAAAUUACAUGUGAACAUGCUUACACGGUUGUUUCGGUAACAACAUUAAGUAAAAAUAGGAUUGAAAUUUGACCUACAGAAAAAAUAAUAACAGAAACUCAUUAUUCAGAAAAGAACGCCAACGAAAAAAGGUUUCAGUGGAGAGAAAAUGUCUCCUUUUGAACACAGGUGUUUACAUUUGAACAGAGCUGCAUUAAUUUUAUAUAUCCCUAUUUUUAUAAGUAUUUAGACAUAUACAUGCCCACUCCUUCCCUUAUUUGUUUCUGCAGUCGUUCAAUUAUCUGCUUGUGUGUGAAAUAGCCAACAAUGUAUUUAAAAAUCAAAUUUUGUAAAUUUAUAAAUUCUUUUGACCUUAGACUGUUUAUUUUUUCGUUUUUUAUCGAAAAGUAUGUUAUUUCUAAAAUUAAUUUUUAUAUUAAAUUUGUAUUUCUUUUUAAUAAAAAAAAUACAAAUUACCUCAUUACAAAACCUUUCUU